GUGGAGGAGUUGGCUUUUCUUAUUAAAGAUAACUUGCAUUGCAAGCAUCUUGUUCUCUCUACAGAGGAGGCCUUAAUUAGUUUUCUUCAAAAUGAUUCUAGACCAAAAGUAGUUUUGGAGCUGCAACCCAUGAAUCCUUACCAGCGUCUUCUUCUACAUCGCCUUGCUGAUAUCUAUGGCUUUUCUCAUGUGUCUGUUGGUGAGGGCGAGGAACGCCAUUUACUGCUAGAACGAUGCCCAGAGACCGCAAUACCAUCCAUUCUUGUCAGUGAUAUUUUAUGGGAGUUUGAUGAAUACCAAUCUCCGACAGCAGCAAAUCUCAUCCUAAGGAGAAAAGAUUCACCAGAGAUAAAGGAGAGCAAAACUAUUCCAUCUGCAAAGCCACUGGAGGUAAGAGAAGCUGCUUAUGCAGCUGCUCGUGAGCGAAUCUUCUCCUUAAAUGAAGCUAAUGAGAAGGAAGUUGUUCCACCAAAAACUCGGAAAGUUCCUGUGGUUGCUCAGCGGAUGAUUGCACAUGCACUUGGUCAAAAGGCGUCCUAUCUGCACAAAUGUGAAGGAAAUGAUAAAUAUGAGGUUUCAAAUGUUUGUAGUUCAAAAGAUGCAAAAGAAACCAGUGAGCAUUUUGAAAUACGCAAGCCAGUUCCCUAUCAAAAGAAAGGUGGUAAGUUUCCAGCUAAGAACAGCGGCUAUGACUGUUCUUCAGAACCUAAUGGAAACAUGCGUGAUGGACUAGCUGCACAUAGAAAGGUAGCAAGCACGGAGUUCUUGGAAAGGGAACGGAUUGGGGCUGCUAAGAGAAUUUUUGCUCAAGCAUUGGGUACAGCUUCAAGUAACAUUCGUCAUGAUAUUAAUGUGAGAACGAAUGAAAGAAAACAAGCUCCCGACCAUCAAUAAGCUUUCAACUUCUCUGAGAAACGACCUUUAUUGUUGUUUCUGCUUUGGCUGCUAUGAAACUCCAAAUGGUAUCCAGUCAAUCAUCUUGUGAAUUCAGGAAUUUCUUGUUGACCUCGUACCCAUAUAGAAAGUUCCUCUCUUCGUGUGCCUACCGCUGCUAAUCCUUCUUCGGGAGCAGGCAGAUCUUUUAUGCAAGUUUUAAAUUUCAAGUUUCUUGAUCUUCAAUGAAAGCUUAUUUGUAGAAAGUAAGAAAGAAGCUAGAGCUGAGUUUGGAACUCUACUCGUCUUUUAAUACCAUCAGUUCAUCACUUAUACCUGGUAGGCCUUGGUUCAGUCUGAGAUAGAAAGAAUGGGUUGAAAAUGGAAGCUUGAGAUGAUAAUGUCCUGGAAAUAUUCCUUCAGCUGGUUCGAAGAGCAUGUUUUUCAAUUGCUCAAGUUUAGAAUACUCCUGGUGCUUGGUCACGUUUUGAAUACCAGCUGCUUUGCUCGAGGUUUUGCAGGAAUUGGUGAACAUGAUUUAGCAAGAUUCCAACCAGGCGACUGUGGCAUGUUGUUGUGGUCGUCACUGACAAAAAGUUGCUGUCAUUCGAACUUGUAUCAAAUUUUAGUGGAUCACGAGUGACUAGUAGAUAUUUCUGUAGCCUAUUUCUUGUGGUCGUUGAUCGACUUUUUUUAUGUUUUGAAAUGAUUUAGCUUCGUUAGCAUAUCCUUUUUUUUAUUUUUUCUAAAAACGUAGCUCGAAAUCAUUUAGAUUUGUGUGGAGAGCCAGCAAUAAAAUAGUGUUGCACAUG